GCGCGAUUUGACGCAGACGUUCCUCGAGUCUCCAGUUAAAAUAUAUCAUCGAUAAUCGAGGGUUGGUGGGAGAAAAAAACGUGUUUAUAGGUCAAAUUACUUUUGUAGGCGUCGAGUGAGUUUAGAUACGCGUUUUUUGUCGGUAAAAUGGGAAACUGCCACACCGUUGGACCAAACGAGGCCCUUGUGGUUUCAGGUGGCUGCUGUGGCUCAGAUCAGAAGACGUAUAUUGUGGGAGGCUGGGCUUGGGCUUGGUGGCUCAUCUCUGACAUCCAGAGGAUAACGCUUGAGAUUAUGACCCUGCAGCCCAAGUGUGAGGAUGUAGAGACAGCGGAGGGUGUAGCUAUUACUGUCACUGGGGUGGCUCAGGUGAAGGUGAUGACAGAAAAUGAACUGCUGGGUUAUGCCUGUGAACAGUUCCUGGGGAAAUCAGUCAUGGAGAUCAAAAGUGUCAUCCUGCAGACCCUCGAGGGUCAUCUGCGAGCCAUCCUUGGCACCCUGACUGUUGAGCAGAUUUACCAGGACAGAGACAAAUUUGCCAGUCUGGUGCGUGAGGUGGCUGCACCUGAUGUCGGCCGCAUGGGCAUCGAGAUCCUCAGCUUCACCAUCAAGGAUGUAUAUGAUAAAGUGGAGUACCUGAGCUCACUGGGCAAAACUCAGACAGCUGCUGUACAGAGAGAUGCUGACAUCGGAGUGGCCGAGGCAGAGAGAGACGCUGGCAUCAGGGAAGCUGAGUGUAAGAAAGAAAUGAUGGACGUGAAGUUCUUAGCUGACACAAAAAUGGCUGACUCCAAACGAGAGCUGGAAAUGCAGAAAGCUUCCUUCAAUCAGGAAGUGAACACAAAGAAAGCAGAGGCUCAGCUGGCGUAUGAGCUGCAGGCGGCCAAAGAGCAGCAGAAGAUCCGUCUGGAAGAGAUCGAAAUCGAGGUGGUCCAGAGGAAGAAGCAGAUCACUAUUGAGGAAAAGGAGAUUGAACGUACUGACAAGGAGCUAAUCGCCACUGUGAAGAGACCUGCAGAGGCUGAAGCCUACAAGAUGCAGCAGCUGGCUGAGGGACAGAAGACAAAGAAGGUGCUGACAGCACAGGCAGAGGCUGAGAAGAUCCGAUUUAUCGGUGAGGCAGAGGCUGCCUCCAUUGAAGCAGUGGGAAAGGCAGAGGCUGAGAAGAUGAGACUGAAAGCUGAAGCCUACCAGCAGUACGGCGAUGCUGCCAAGACAGCUUUGGUCCUGGAGGCUCUGCCCAAGAUUGCCGGCAAGGUGGCCGCACCCCUGUCCAGGACCAGUGAGAUUGUCAUCCUGAGUGGAGACGGCAACCGCGUCACCGGAGAGGUGAACCGUCUAUUAGCUGAACUGCCCGUGUCCGUCAACGCCCUCACUGGAGUGGAUCUGACAAAGAUGCCUCUGCUCCAGAAGAUGAUCAGCCCACAGUGCCAAACAACCAUGUGAUGAAUCAGGCCACAGACUUACUCUCAAUCCUUCGACAUAUAUCUGCCUCAAGCAUGACAAUAGUUUUUUCAGCCUCUAACCCCUUAUGCAACUGCCUUUGACCAGAAACACUUGACACCAACCAAGAGGUUUUUUAUAUUUUUAAGAGGUUUUUAAUUUUCUAAAGGAAAAAAGCUGGGGCCAUGCGGACCAGACUGUAUGUAUCUUCUGUUGUUUUUAGUUUUUGUUUUAGACACAUUGAUUCUUAUCACACUGCACUAAUUAUCCAGGAUUAUAUGCUGCAGUUCUGCUCAGUCCUACAAAUCAUCCGAAGCACGGUUGUUGUUGUUUUUUGAGAGAGAGACAAAAGUCAGAGUUGGCCCACUUUAAAUCUGGUUGUGAAAAGGAAAAACACCACAAUCUUCAGUAGGUAGGCACUGAGAGUCUAAAACAUGAAAGACGAAUCUGAAUAUUGCUCUCUUCUUCAGAGUGGUUUAGGUUUCUGCCUGAAAUUUGGAGGGCGCCACUUCCCUGACAGGUGUUCUGACUUUUAUUCACCUUGGGAGCAGAGAGCUCCUGCCUCUGAGUCAAACAGCCAUUAGUCUAAUUCUCAGAGCCCUGCUAGUGAGUUUGUGUUCAGCAGACUGAACAUAGAGUGCAAUGGGCAGCUUUUAUUUCCUCUUUGCUUUUAAGACUCGAUUUUAUUUAGUUUAGUUUGAUUUAUCUCUAUCUCAGAGAACUUGGAUUACGAAACCGCUGUUACAUUCAAGGCUCACCAGAUCUUCACCCACUGUGAUUUGAAAAUUUACAGUACAUUACAAUAUCGGUGAUGUUUGAAUCACUUGUAUGAUAAUUCUUACCUCGCGGUAUGUUGUCAUGUUGCCUGUCUUCUCAGUUCUGAUGUGCAGUGACUGUUCACCACUCAAGUGCCCAAACCUUAGGACCGUGGUUUGGCUUUAGUAAGAUUUCUGUCCGAGUAUAUCACUGUGUUAUAGAUGGAUGAUGUUUAGAUAUUGUUCCCUGUUCUCAUAACAUCUGCUUAUACUAACAAUAGUUUACUUCUCACUUUUAGCACGUGUUUGGACACAUCGGCAGAUAUAAAUGCUGGGCAAAUGCAUAACACAAAGCCAUACUUAGAAAAGAUUAGUCUUAAAGGGAUAGUUCAGAUUAUUUGAAGUUGGAUAGCAGUCGGCACGCCCUCAGUUUUCAAGCGGUAGGAGGACUGGUGUAGGAAGCUAAGCAGUGUGCUGCUGUGAACGGGGUCAGCUGCAAAAUGUAUUUUAGCCACUAAAAAAAGGCCCAGCUGAAAAAAAAUCAAUAUCCGUUUAAGUGUAUGCUGUAUUUAAGAUAUUUUCACUGCAAAGCUUGCUGUCAGACAGCCCUCUGCCAGGGAACUGAAGUCUUUGAUAUUGCUCUCUCCAAAGGCACCAGACUCCUUUUCCAAAAACAGUAAUUCUACCUUGAAGAACAUGAGAGUUGCAGCUUUAGCCCUGCCUCAAUAGUUAGUGUUAUUGUGUGACUUAGGUGAAUCCGAACUAACCCUUUAAAACACAGAGGUCACCCAAUAACACAAACAAACUAACUAUCGAGGCAGCGGUAGACCAACAUCUCCUUGUUCUGUGACAUAAAAUUGCUGUUUUUUGUCAAUGGAGUCUGGUUCGAACUGUGGCUUUUUUGGAGAGAGUGAUAUUAACAGCUGUUCACAUUGGAAAGGGCUGUCUGAUGACAAGGUAAAGCGGUGAAAUAUUUGAAAUGUAACAUACUGUCAGAUAAUUAUCUCAUACAACCCCACUUCAAAUGCUCCGUGCUAUCCCUUUAAAUGAUUCUCUGGCCGCCUGCUCGGCUUACUCAACAUUUCUUGCUCAUGUUGCACAUUGUAGACGUUCAGGGUCUGAGCUUUAACACGUUUUGUUGCUCCUUUCUCUCUUUCCUCUCCCUGAGAUGAUUGUUAGUCCUUCUCAGAUGUAAUACCGUGUUUCUCAGAUGUUGUUUCAGAUGUUCACUUUUGCAGACUCUACAUAUUUUCUAACUCCACAUCUUGCCAGGCUGAAAGUUGCCACUGUGUUGCACAUCUGACCACACCCGUGAGGGGAUGACAAAGCAGGAAUUGAAUGCUACAUUCAAUCGGUCCGUGACUCAUGAAGUUGGAAGAUAAGCAUGUGAUAAGGUCGUAAACACCGUACGUGGUGUUUGUGCUUGGAUGGUCUUCAGUUGGGUAAAUGUCAAAGUCGAGCAGUUGGACCAGUUUUCGUUUCCCUGCUGCCACAUGUCCAGUGACCAGGUCAAUCUAAUUACCACGUUGUCUGUUACAGUCAUUUAGCUAUCGAAAGCCUGAUGACAGCCUGUGUCCAAAGUUGUGGUUCAGUGUUAAAGCAACACUUGUGACGUGACAACACAGUGUGCAACAAGUUGGGUGUUUGAAUAAUCUAGAUGGCAGGAUCCUAGCAGGAUUUGAACCCAUACUGAUUACUCUUUAAACUAAAUAUGCUUUCUGUUGCUGCCUGUUUAUACAUUUAAACUUAAACCUCUGAUUUGUUUUGCCACAUUAGCCAGCCUAUGUAGUCAGGACAGGCUGCCCUUUUUUAAUCACAUCGUGAAUGAUAAUUAACCACUUUCAGAAUCUGUGACCAUAAAUGUUUUGUUUUAUUUUGCCGCACCAGUUUCUUUAUUGUCUGUGAAUAAACAUGAGGCUUGUGGCUUGUUUGAUCUGAGCAAAUUUCAUGUAAUUUUUAUUUUUGACAUGAAUGUUACAGUUCCCUCCAAGUUCUACUGCAACUAUUUUCUCUUCAGUAAAUGUUGGUGAAAACACUGCCUGGCUUGGUUCAAAUACAUGAAUAUUAUUAACCUGUCUUUAUCAUACCUUGAAAUGGCCAGUAUUUUUUAACGAGUCUCUAAUAUCAAUCAGUAGUCAUUCACACCUGACAAAAAUCACCUGAUCAUGCAAACACUGUCCCAUUCUCAAACUGAUGGCUCACUGCAGCCUGGCAGAGCCCUCCAGCAAUUUACACUUCUGUGUGCUCUGGCAGGGCCAUGGAUGUCUCUUUUUAAGUCAGGUAUAGAAAUCUUCACUCAGACAGCAGCAUGGAACCUUUUAUACAACUGGCAGAAAUGCUGCACCAGUCCUUGGCAGUCAUUAGGCUAGAGAAACAAAACUAACCCACCCAGUUUAGUCUCUGAAUGUGUUUCAGGUGAGAAAUGUAGAACAGUUGUAGAAUAAUUUUAACACCUCAUCAUGUUCUUUACAUAUCUGACCCAGACUGAUUGAGUGGUUGUUUCCAGACACAGUGCCUUUGUCAAACAAUGAAGCGGUCAUUCAUACUUCAUGUGCAGUUUGUUGACUGUAAUGAUCAUACAUUUGGAAGUCGCCAGGGGAUAGUCUAUCAUGAAUCUAGACUGACUUGUAGAAUAUGUGUACGUAUGUAGUGUUCAGCUGUGAGUUUCCUCUUUCUACUCUCUGUUUUAUGUACUUUCUAACAUUCUGCACUACAAAUGUACGUGGGAACACAGUUAUAUGUAGAUAGACGAUCAAUAUAAAUGUAGCAUUUUAGAGCUUUUGUUUUGGAAUCUGGACCUCUUAAAGAAUCGUCAUUCAUUAUUUGGCCAUUCUAUUGUGUGCCAAAAACUACAAUUUCUUGAUUUGCAUUGACUAAUCAAAAUAGAGGCAACUUUCUGAUAUUGUAAGUGGCAUUUUAGAGGAGAAUGUGACUAAAGACCAAACUCUAUAGACCUACGCCUUAACUCUCAUCUUCAUCUUAACCGUGUCCAUCUGUUGUCUAUCUUGGAAAUAAUCUAUACUCACUAUUAAAAAUUAUAUUGUGGAUUUAUCUUGUGGCUUCUCACGUAACACUGGCCUUUGGGAGACUGAUCCAGCAUGGCAUUUUAAGCAUGUGUUCAUGUUAUUCUGUGUUGUGUGCCACCCUAUAAUAAAUGUAAUACCACUUCC